AUGAAGCCGAGCGCGGCCGGGCCGGCGAGGGAGCUGGAGCCGCAGGCGCCGGGCCGGGGCGAGCAGCGCGCGGCGGAGCCCGAGGGGCGCUGGCGGGAGAAGGGCGAGGCGGACACGGAGCGGCAGCGCACCAGGGAGCGGCAGGAGGCCACGCUGGCCGGGCUGGCGGAGCUGGAGUACCUGCGCCAGCGCCAGGAGCUGCUGGUGCGGGGCGCCCUGCGCGGCGCCGGGGGUGCAGGCGUCGCGGCGCCCCGCGCUGGGGAGCUGCCGGCGGAGGCGGCGCAGCGCAGCCGCCUGGAGGAGAAGUUCCUGGAGGAGAACAUCUUGCUGCUGCGGAAGCAAUUGAAUUGUUUGCGGAGAAGAGAUGCUGGUUUGUUGAAUCAGUUGCAAGAACUUGACAAGCAGAUAAGCGACCUUAGACUGGAUGUAGAAAAGACAUCUGAAGAGCACCUGGAGACAGAUAGUCGGCCCAGCUCAGGGUUUUAUGAGCUGAGUGAUGGGGCUUCAGGAUCCCUUUCCAAUUCCUCUAACUCGGUCUUCAGUGAGUGUUUAUCGAGUUGUCAUUCCAGCACCUGUUUUUGCAGCCCCUUGGAGGCAACCUUGACUAUCUCAGAUGGUUGCCCCAAAUCUGCAGAUCUCAUAGGAUGGUUGGAAAGUAAAGAAGGCCACUGUGAAGACCAGGCCUCAGGGGCAGUGUGCCAUUCCUCCUCUACAUCACAAUUUAAUUCCCUUGGUGUCAUUGCAGAUGUGAAUCCCAAGUACCAGUGUGAUCUGGUGUCUAAAAACGGGAAUGAUGUCUAUCGCUAUCCCAGUCCACUUCAUGCCGUGGCGGUGCAGAGUCCAAUGUUUCUCCUUUGCCUGACGGGCAACCCUCUGAGGGAAGAGGAGAGGCUUGGUAACCAUGCCAGUGACAUUUGCGUUGGAUCUGAGCUGGACGCCAUGAAGACAGACACUUCCUUACCGUCUCCAGGUAGUUUGUGGUCUGCUCCCCACCCUUCAUCCAGUAAGAGAAUGGAUGGCUACAUUCUGAGCCUGGUGCAGAAAAAAACACACCCUGUAAGGACCAACAAACCAAGAACCAGCGUGAGUGCUGAUCCCACGAAGGGUCUUCUGAGGAACGGGAGCGUCUGUGUCAGAGUGACUGGGGGCGUCUCACAGGGCAACAGCGGGAACCUUAAGAAUUCUAAACAGGUGCUUUUGCCCUCUGGCGGAAUCCCCUGUUUGGACAACGGGACAUUCUCCCCACUGAAGCAGUGGUCAAAAGAAGCAAAGGCAGAACCACUGGAGAGCAAGAGGCUGCUGUCCCCGCCGGAGGCCUGCUCGCCAGCCGCUGCCCCUGAACUCCCAAGCAAGCAUCUGCCCAAAAACGCCAAGCCAGCUUCCCAGGAACACGCCCGGUGUCCCACGGCUGCGACAGGGGAGUCCCCCAAGGACGGCGUUCAGGUCCUAGCCGCCUCUCCGAAGGAGAGCCCCGGGAGGGGCCCCGCCCCGCCGCAGGAGAACAGAGUCGUCCAGCCACUGAGAAAGGUGUCCCAGAAAGGCGGCCUGCAGCCGGCCCCGGCAGCAGCGCCCUCUCCGGCACCCGCUGCACCCGCUGCACCCGCUGCACCCGCUGCACCCGCCGCGCCCGCCGCGCCGCCGCCGUCUUCAGCUUUCGCGCUGGAGGAGCGGCCGGCGCUGGAUUUCAAGAGCGAGGGCUCCUCCUCCCAAAGCCUGGAGGACGGGCCCCCGGCCAGGGCGCCGUCGGCCCCGGGCCUGCAGGCGGCGGCCGCCCGGCCCCACCGCGGCGCCCGGCCCCCCGCCGCCCCGCGCUCGGCCCCGAGGCACCGGGGGGCGCAGGGUCUCCACGCGCCCGACGGGGCGCUGCCGCCCGCGAGGGAGAAGAGCCGCGCGGCCGGCAAGAAGUGCCGCUUCCCCGACGACGCGGACACAAACAAGAGGCCCCGGAAGGCCUCGUCCCGGGGGCGGAAGGGCGGGGGCGGCCAGCCCGAGGCGGGGGCGCCGUGCCGCGGGCUGGGUGCGGGCCAGCGGGCGGCGGGGGCCAGGGCGCACGGCCACGGCCACGGCCGGGAGACGCUGGUGGCCAAGCCCAGGCACAAGCGAGCCGACUCGCGGCGGUGGCGCUCGGCCGCCGAGGUCUCGCUGGAGGAAGCCCUGCGCAGGUCGCGGCGGCGGCGCGAGCACGUGGGGCUGUUCCCCGCCGCCGCGCCGCUGCCCUACAGCAGCCCCUACGCCUACGCGGCCAGCGACUCCGAGUACUCGGCCGAGUGCGAGUCCCUCUUCCACUCCACGGUGCUCGACACCAGCGAGGACGAGCGCAGCAACUACACCACCAACUGCUUCGGGGACAGCGAGUCGAGCGUGAGCGACGGGGACUUCGCGGGCGACAGCACGAGCUCCAGCGACUCCGAGGAAAGCGGGGGCCUGAUUUGGUCCCAGUUCGUGCAGACCCUCCCCAUCCCGGCGGUCGCAGCCCCGGACCUCCACGGCAACCCCACCAAGACCUUUGUCAAAAUUAAGGCCUCGCAUAACCUCAAGAAGAAAAUCCUCCGCUUCCGGUCGGGCUCCCUGAAGCUCAUGACGACUGUUUGAGGAGCGCCCCACGCCCCGGGGAGGGGGAGGGGUGG